AUCUUUGGAAUAUCUUUUCAUGCGUUACCACAAUCACUAGUGCCAGAAUAUGGUUAUAUUCCAAGCUUCCUUGUUGAUACUUGUGAAUAUUUGGAAGAACAUGUUCAUACCGAGGGACUCUUCAGAAAGUCUGGAUCUCUUGUUCGUUUAAAAGCCUUAAAGAGUAAACUGGAUCAAGGUGAAAACUGCCUCUCAUCUGCACUGCCAUGUGAUGUUGCAGGGCUUCUUAAACAGUUCUUUAGAGAGCUGCCAGAACCCAUCCUUCCACUUCACCUGCAGGAAGGCCUUUUCAAAGCUCAACAGCUAGGAAAUGAGAAGAAAACUGCAACGGUGUUGCUGUCAUGUUUGAUGGCUGACAGAACAAUUGAAGCUUUGAGAUACUUUUUCAACUUCCUGAGAACUGUGUCCCUAAGAUCCAGUGAAAACAGAAUGGAUAGCAGUAAUCUGGCAGUGAUUUUUGCUCCCAACCUCUUGCACUCAAAUGAAAAUGAAAAGAUGUCAGCCAGUACAGAAAAAAAAAUUCGCUUGCAAGCUGCUGUUGUGCAAACGCUUAUUGAUCAUGCAGCAGAAAUAGGACAAGUACCAGAAUUUAUCUUGGAAAAGAUUCCUGCAAUGCUAGGUGUUGAUACCUUUCAAUCUACUCCCUCACUGUGGGGCCACGAAGACAGUGAAAAUGAAUCUCCCAGUGAAUGUAAGAAGAGGAGACACCGAAGUGUUGGGGAUAUUGUUAGUGGAGCAUUGAAUAAAUUUAAAUCUAACAGAACACCCUCCACUACACCUCAACAAGACAGAAGCGUCCUUUCAUCGGUGACUCCGUUGGUUCUUACUCCAAGUACCAAGCGUAAACUCCCAACUGAUUGCUCUCAAGGCUUGUCCAGCAAGAAGAGACGCUCUUUUAAGCAUAGUUUUGCUUUUGAAUUGUUACCAAGUACCAUUUUUAACAGCAGCUCUACACCAGCCUCAGUUCAGUUUGAAGCAAGCCCUUGUGUGUCUUUUGAGUCAUCGCAAACCUCACUUUCUCCUUCAACUGGUGGUGAAAUUCAUCUUUCUAGUACAGGGAACAGAAGAAAUAAAAGGCACGCGAGCAAAAAAUUAUACAGGGCUGAAUCAGGAAAGACAGGUUGUUUUUCUCCAAAGAUUAGCCGAAAAGAAAUGGUUCGUAGGUCGUUACGCUUGAAGUUUGGUUUGGGGAAAAGCAACAGAGAAAUGAAUAUUGUGUCGGGAUGUGCAGUUGGUAAUAGAUCUGAAAAUAUUGGAAGGCGUCUUGCAAGUCAACAAGGUUUGGAAAGCAAAACUGAAUGUGCAAAAAGAGAUUUGCUCUUCAGCCCAUGUCUCAAUGAAAAAUUCCCAAAGAAAGGUUCAAAGAAUGUGAGCAAGUCAGAAGAAAACUUGUUAACUCCAAAAUGUCAGGCUAAAGCAGUUCACCGAAUGUCAUGGAAUAGUCCUACUGUUACAUAUUCUAAGGCGAUCAGCAGGGAUGAGGGAAUUCUGCCAGGACACCCUGAAACGGGAAUUGGUUCUUCAGAAUCUGUUUUGAUAUUUGGAAAGCCACCAGUUGUUCCAGAUGAAUCCAAAUCCACAACUGUAAACAAACAAGACAAGAGCUUAGAACUUUUGCUUUCUGAAGAGGAAAGUAAUUCAACUGCAGAAACAUUACUGAAAGUUAAGCAAGCCUUCUCUGCAUCUGGAAGUAAUCUUCACAAUUUGAUAAGUGAUACAAAAUCUUUCCUCUCAGAUGUAGCAGGUGAAACGUUAAAUGAAACUUUGUGUCUCACAGGGCUCAGUUCAGAGAAAGAAUUGUUAGCAGAAGAAGUUUCUGAAAAUCUAGCAAAUACAAAAUCCAGAGAGCUGUCGCACCAAUUAAAACAAUCUUACGUUAUUGAUAAACAGCAAUCAAAAAAAGAUGAUAUUGAAGUUUUGGAGAAAAAAAACUUCAAAACUUCUAUUGAGAUUGAACUUCAGGUCCCGAAACCAGAUAUAAAAAAUGUAACAGAACUUCCUGUUCCUCUGGCCAGGGAAGAGGAGUUGACUGUUCAGAACAGUUCAUCAAAAGAUGAUUUAAACAAAUUAGAUUCCUUUGGGAGAAAAGAGGAAAUAGAAUUAACACACCCACAAACAGCUGAAAACUGUAUGGUAAAGUGCUGUAAUUUGGAAGAAGAUACCGCCAAACUUUCCGUGGCAGGGCAGCUUCCUGCUUCGCAGUUGCCUAAAUCACAAAGUGAAGUAGGCAACCAAUACUUACAAGCUGAAAAUUCUGAUAAAACUUUAACUAAAACAUCAACUGUUUCUGACCAUGGAAAGGUUUCCGACCACAUACAAUGGUUCAACAAGCUUUCAUUAAAUGAUUCAAGUUCUGCAAGCAAAGCUAAACUACCUCUUAAGUUUCAACGUACUCCUGUUAGACAGUCUGUAAGAAGAAUGAAUUCCUUAUUGGAGGCUAACAGACGAUCUGUAAGCUCUCAGUUGCUUAAAGCAAGUGAUGUUGGUUCACCGCUUGUCAAAUCUUUGAGCUAUGAUUCUGCACUCUUCUGCACAGAAAAGCCCUCAAAGAACUCUGUGGCUUUGCCACUCAGGAGUGAAAGUACAUAUGACCAAGUUUCUAUAUCUCACAAGCAGCUGGAAUUAACAUCCAAAUCAUGUUGCAGGCCGUUAAAUCCAUCAGACAAGCCUGAUGUUUCUGUCAGAACUGCUGGAAUCCAUGAACAGAAAGCGACUGUUCAUCCAUCAAAGUCUGUCCUAGAAGAUCUAACCAACCAUGAAACAGUGAAAUCCAGUUUAAAAGUUAAUGCAAAUAUAAAUAUUCCAGGUGCUGCCCCAGAAAAAUCUUCAAUCGCAAGAAGCGCUUCAGGAAAAGAAAGAAUUCGUUAUAGAGGCUCUCCAAAGAAUCCAAUACCUAAAGUGAAACUGCUGCCAGCUGCAAAACCAGUAGAUUUGUAA